GAACCACAUCAUAGAUCGGGGUUGUCAUCUUGCUUGUGUAACUUUUCUGAGGCACGAGAAUGUAAACAACACUAUUGGCAGCCAUUGACAGUUGUGAUUCAACAAAAUGGCGAACGCCAUCACGCUUGCAACAUCGGAGAAACCAUCGUUGACUGUGUCCUCCAUUGGGACGCUACUUGCACGACAUUAUGGCCUGCACAUGACCAGUUGCCAGAAACUUAACAGCUAUGAAGAUUUGAACUUCCGGGUCAAGGUGGAGUCAAACGGAGACAAUUCGAAGGAAACGUGUUGUCAUGGUUAUAUUUUCAAAGUUGCUAACAAACGAAACUCACAGAACACAAACUAUAUAGAAGCCCAGCACGAGAUGAUGUCCUGUGUGCUCGGGAAUGGUAUCCUCGCCCCCCGGGCCGUCCCCACCCUCACCGGGCACCUGUACCUGACGGUGAACCUGCCAGACGAGGGCUCUGAAAACACAGACAGCACGGACACUGACUCCCCCUAUGUUGUGCGGCUGUUUGAGUAUAUCCCUGGGACAAUUAUACAGUCUGUUCCCCUCACGCCGGGGCUGUGUUACAAGGUGGGGGAGAUGGCGGGCAGAGUUGACACGGCGUUAAAGGGCUUCGAUCAUUCUGGUUUCCAUGGUAACCCAGUGAUCUGGCGCCUUGACCAUCUGCCGUUGAUUCUUGACUUGCUGCACGCGGUAGAGGACAAUGGUGACAGAGAGAUGGUCAGUGACGUAAUCAAGACAUUUCAGUCACGUGUUCUGGAACACCUGAAUGAAUUUCCACAAGGAAUGAUCCAUGGUGAUUUGAACGAAGGGAACAUCCUGGUAACUGAAGCUGCGGAUGACGACAGAUGGAGGGAUGAGCACGAUGUGUCCGCCAUCUUGGAUUAUAGUGACAGUGCUUAUCAGCCAUACAUCUUUGAGGUAGCCAUAGGAAUGACGUACAUGUCAAUCCUUAGCGACAACAUCUCACCACAAACUGCAUCCGGGUAUGUUCUGGCAGGCUAUCUUACCCAGAAUGAUUUGUCAGACAGAGAAAUAAAACUGUUAAAGUUAUGUGUAUGCGCGCGCAUCACUCAGUCACUGGUAAUUGGCGCCUUCUCAUUCCACGUUGAUCCCAGUAACGACUACACGCUUAACACGGCUAGGAUAGGCUGGCCACGACUUCGUCAACUGUGGAAAAUAGAUACAGAACAGUUGGUCAGAGAUUGGCGGAACAUUGCCAGGUCCUGCGAGGAAACACGCGUGACUGAUGAUGGUGGCGAUGAUGAUGAUGAUGAUUGUGGUGAUUAUAAUGACGAGGAGUAUGUAAGGCUGGGACGAGUCUAAAUUUACUACAGACCUAGACCCUCUAUUACCCGACCCUACCCACUCUAGGUCUUAAGUUUGGUAAGAAAUUGGGAAUAUUUUUACUUGAGCCCUGACAAAAGGUAUUUAGAUAAACAUCUAGUACGCCAUAAAACGAUCUGAUCGUGCAUACACUGAAGUUGACCGAAGCUUAGUCUCUACUUAAAAAACAGAAGUAAUGUGUGCAUAGUCAGACAGAAAUGCGGACAUUAGCGACUUGUUAUUAUCAUACAAAAAAACCCACGGGUCCGGGUAGUCCCGAGUACCCGAGUUACCCGUCCAAGCCCUAUGAGGAUGUGGAUUUUAAGGCUCGACAGAGAUAAACCCUCUUAUCUGAUGUCAUACCCCUCUUUAGUGUAUUAAAGCCUCAAGGUUUGGGGGGUUUCAUAUUUGUGUCUGUCAUAUUGUUCAAGGGGAGUUGUCCUCGGAUGGUAGCUCAGGGUGGACGACUGAAGACAAAACUCAGGGGUGGAGUUUAAGAAGAUGGCAGCCAUGUUUAUUGUUGAUCACAAUAGGGAAUAACCGCCGAAAAGUUUCAUGAUGAGGAUGGCGUGACAGAACGCACACCGGGACCGAGUGGCCAGGGUUCCGGGGUGCGGAGACCCGCUCUGUCACUUACACACAGGCUGGAAGUCGGACUGCGAUUCCUCAUCAUCGAUGUAGGCGCCUAGCGUACAAUCAGUCCGCAUUCAUCGGUGAUCUGGGUCCGUCUCACAGAUCAAUGUUGUUGCGUUAAAUGUUUUAAGAGGUCGCCUCUGCCUCAACAAUUUCGGCUGACUUGUCCCUCUUUGGGCUUCAUGUGUGUGAGUAGGGUACACAUAUCUAUUGUGAGUUUUUGUAUUCAUUACAUUUCUGUUUCGUAUUUUGAUAUGAUUUCAUUGAUUCUUUGUCUAUUCUGUUAAUAUACGUUCGAGUAGCUGUCCAUGUCUCCGAAAUAGGGUUAGUUUGGCCUUCACUAUUGCAUCUCGUAGCUUUAGGAGAUCCACGACAGGUAGCAUAUCUAACUGUAAUUUUUGUUUUAACCGAGCCCGGGGCAUGGUCUUGACAUUCCAGUUACAAGUGAGCAAUGGAUUUAGUUGAUUUGCAAGAUAGGCAUACCUUGUCAUAGUGCUUUUUGUGACCGAGUCUGAGGUGUGAAAUGGCUACUUCAACUUUUCCGUCAUGUGUGAAUGAUUAUAGCAUUUGGUAGAUCUUGGGUUGAAUUUUGUAUAGCUAACUGCCGAUCUUACUUUCGUUCCACUGGGAUUGUCAUCUUUGGGCUUUGGAGGCUUUGAUUUUGCUUUAUAUCUCCAGGUUAUUGAAGGGAAUAGGUUGUAUAUCCGCUUCGUCUGGAGCUGGCUUCGCCAGUGUGUCUGCUUUUUCAUUUCCAUGAAUAUCUAUGUGAGAGGGGAUCCAACACAGCUCCACCUGUUUCCCCUGGUCCGAUAGUUUUUGUAUAUUAGUGUAAAAUAGUAUUGACUGUGUUUGGUCUCGAGUUUGAGUUUCUGUCGCUGAUGGCUUGAAGUACACUUAGCAAGUCUGAUUGGAUGACUGCCUUUGCUUCCAGUAGCUCCGGAAUGAGUGCAUGAUGAAUUGCCUACAAUUUAGCAGUGAAUACUGAUUGACCAGGCAGGCAAGGAAAACCAAAUUUGCUUGGGGUUUGGAGCUAUGGAUUUGGAUCCCGUAACCAGCAGCGUUGUUGAUAGGAUUAUUGGAUCCAUCAGUUGUUAUAUGGCAGUGUAUUUUAUUGUUUAACAGUGAUUGUUUAAGAGUGACUAGUAUCCUACCCUAUUUGGUAUCCCUGGGAUGAAAUUCUCUAGUGUCAGGAUGAUUCUCCCUAGUGAAUUUGAACCCAUACCAGUGUCUUUAAUCCUAUCCACAUCUUGCCACAUAUUCUUCCAAUAAAACCUGCAUAGGUUUUGUCCCUAGCGAGAUGACAAGCAUCAUGGCUGUGACAGCCUCACAACACACUGUCCUUUCUGUCAGCUGUGGUAACUUUCCUCUUCUGUUGUCCUUUGUAUAAUAUAGCUAAUCUUUUUCCAAACAGAAAUGUUGACAUUUUUUGCCUCAAAGCUCUCUUCUGGUUAAAGUUACAUUUUUCUGGAUAAGAUUUGUCCUGUAAGUAACUGAACACUUUGGAAUACUCUGUUCCAUCCAUGGUUGAUCAAAAUCAACUGACAAUGUCAAUGUUAAACCUCAAAGUCAUGAAGUCAUGUGAUCAGCUGACAGCAUGUAAUGCAUGUGCAAAGGAAGUCUGUCAUGGGAUAAUAUACACUGGGAUGAAUUACCCUUACUUUUUGGACAUAACCUAUCCCAGAUUUCCCACAGUAAGGCAGGACACUAUACUCUAGAGUAAAACUUCCCCCAGGAUAAUAUUUAGGUAGGAUUUAUUCCUUGCUUACAAUUACAGCUGUAUUGCAUUGUUUCUGUUGAGAUUUGGUAGACGCUCAUUGCAUUGUGUUUGUACAGUGAUUAGUCGUCAGGAAGUAUCUACAUUUAGAUGCUAGUGUAGUGUGUAAACUUCCGGUCCCGUAUACCGCGGACGGUGAUAGUAUGUUAUCGAAACUUCUGUUAUGUUCUAUGUUGCGAGGGCACUAUGUGGAACUUUCCAGUUGCUGGAUAGGCUGUAUAUUAGGACACAAGAAUCACUGGAUUGUCCGGUCCAAUGUCAUGAGCAUCGAUCCACCCGAUCCCGUUAGUCGCCUCUAACGACAUGCAUAGUUGCCUUUUAAGGCAAGCCUGGGUUGCUCAAGAUCUUCACGGGUAAUAUAUAUUAUUAUCACUGACUUUUGCUAUCACCACUGUAUUUGUGUAUUUGAUACUGACCACUGCCAUCAUAUUAUAUAUUGCCAUUAACUCUUGUAUUACCACACUUUUGCUUGCUGCCAUUGUAAUUGUGCAGUAAUUUGUAUUGUU